GACAGACAGAGAGGAGGGAGAGACCAAGAGAGAGAGGAAGGAGAGAGCAAAUAAGAGAGGGAGGGAGACAGAGCAAUGCUAUUGGUUGACCGUUAUAACAUCAAGCGUGAUAGAAAUAUUUCUCUCGCAGUCUAAGAAAUAGAGGAAGAGAGACAGAGACAGUAGACUCAGGAAACACAUUCAGGUCUCAACAUCUCUGGAAGAGAAAAAAAAGGAAAAUUUAGAAGGAAAGAAAGGAAAAUAAGGAGGGGGAGACAAUAGAAAGGUGGACUAAUUAACUUAUGACUCCUGAGGGCUGUGGAGAAAUUUUUUUGCUUAAGAACAGGAGUGAUUUCAAAAUCAGAAUGAAUGCAUCUCAACAUGUAGGUGUUCUGCAGGUCUCUGGUUAAAUUUUUUUUUAACCUUUCCCAGAAUUAACUCGUUUACCCUGCACGUCAGCAAAGACAAAUCUAAAUGUUUUUUGGAGAAAUCUGAGGGAUGCGUCUGAGAGAAAGAUGCAGAGCAGAGAAUUCUGACAUGGUGCCGACCCAAAUUGACAGAGACGAGGAAAGAGUGGACUGUUCAGUGGCAGACACGUCUCCAACCAGACACAGGUAUUCUCUACUCGGUAUUAAGAUCAGUCCAGAUAUUGAUCCGUGCUAACUGAAACUACCAUCAACAUCUGAUCUUGUAUUUCUAUGCCCUCCUGGAUGUAUGAUAUUGGCAUUGUAAUGUUAAAUGGUCAUUUAAUUUGUAAGCUAAUUUCAAUAUUUGCUGCCUCACUGAUUUUUACUUCUUAUUUCACUGCAAAAUCAAUUUGCUUUGUCAGGAAAAGUGUCUAAUGUGCAGAACAACAUCCUCAGUAAAUGAUCAGAUUCAUGUGGAGGUGAAUCGUUUCUCAAAAACUGAGUGAUAAAACAAGUAUUACACCAAGAGACUGUCUCUGUAAGUAAGAACUCACAGCUGAUCUGCAAACUAUGGUUGUUUACAUACGUGUUAAAUAUGAUUUAGAAGAUAUGCGUCAUUAACAGUGUUCUUGAUUUAGAGCAACAGAUGAAGUGAAAGCCAUACGACAAACUACUGAACUAUCACAAGCCAUAACCAUCUCAGAUAAUAAUCCUUUUUGAAACGCAGUGCUGUGCUUACUAUCGACAAGAAUCCUGUGCUUCUGUUGUCAAGCGUGUCAGUCGGACACUUUGUGGUUUGCGUUACUGUGAGAGAGAGAGGGAGAGAGAAAGAAGGAAAAAAAUGUGUAGGCUUUGUCUAAAGAGAAACUACAGGGAGGAGGAGGAGACAGACAUUUUGCCUGUCAGAAACUGAAAAGAGGAGCACCGGGCCAACAACAGACAACUAACUGUGGCUGUGGACAGACGUAAGUGCUUCCUAAAUCAAAGCGAGAAAAGGGGUCAUCCUGCUGUCAGAGAUAUAAAGAAGGACAAAGAUGCAGCAUGAGUGGAAGCAGUGACGCCACAGCUCAAGCUGAUUAUUGAUUGUUACUAAAACUGAGUGCUUUACCUACCUGGACAAUACAGACUCAGCUUGCAUCAGAGGGGAAAACACAGUAACCUCCACUAAAAUAAAGAGGGAGAGUGAGCAAUAGCCAGAGAGAGAGAGAGAGAGAUAGAGAGAGAGAGGCAGAGAGCAGGGGAGGGAAGUUCCCUUUCUCUCUCUCGACCCACAUCUCGUCGUCAGGCUGGCUGGCACAGCCAUGGCGUUCACCUUUGCGGCCUUCUGCUACAUGCUCACCUUGGUGCUGUGCGCUGCACUCAUCUUCUUUGUCAUAUGGCAGAUCAUCGCAUUUGAUGAGCUUCGCACAGACUUCAAAAACCCCAUUGAUCAGAGCAAUCCCACCAGAGCGAGGGAAAGGAUUCUCAACAUCGAAAGAAUCUGCAACCUGCUUCGCAGACUGGUAGUACCGGAGUACUCCAUCCAUGGGCUCUUCUGCCUGAUGUUCAUGUGUGCUGGAGAGUGGGUCACACUUGGCCUAAAUAUCCCCCUGCUCUUCUACCAUCUGUGGAGGUUUUUUCACCGGCCAGCUGACGGGUCAGAGGUCAUGUAUGAUCCUGUCAGUGUGAUGAAUGCUGAUAUCCUCAACUACUGCCAGAAGGAGUCCUGGUGUAAGCUGGGGUUUUAUCUGCUCUCUUUCUUCUAUUAUCUCUACAGUAUGGUCUACGCCUUGGUGAGCUUCUAACACGCAGGAGAUCUUGGAGGGAAAAAAAGGAAAUAUCUAUAAGACACAGCCGGCAUAAAGAAUGGGGACGUCAACUCUUCCUCUCUCCAUGUAUCCUUCCCAUCACUGGCUUGUGUUUUCAACAGUCUAACCUUUGGACAAAACAAGAAGACCAAUCUGAGUGAUAAUGUGAAUGUAAAGGUGUUGCCUACACUCAAGGCUGGACACAGUUUUAAAGAAUGGAAAUGAAACAGAAAGAGGAUGCUUUAUGUUGCCUUUGACCCAUUAUAUGAUUUAACAAUAUGAAGGGCUGGAGUUUUCCCAUGCUGCUCUUACUGAUCCAGUCGCUCAACUCACUGUGAAUCUCCAAACAUUUAGGGGCUGGAAAAUCAAAUAAUACGUCUGUAUUCUCUGAGUUUGAAAAUUCACUCAAAGCAGGAUUGUUUUGGUUUCAUUCAUGUAUUUAAGAUGAUAGACACCUCGGAUAUAAAACAAUUGCUUUGAUUGUGUUACAAGUACAUAGAACUGUAAAAAACAGGUUAAAUUGUGCAGGAGAACUUUAAAGCACUGUAAGAAAUGCAGAAGGCCUCACAGGGAAAUAACAGAUCAGUUUGUGCACACACACUUUUAACCAGGAUGAAGAUAAAACAUAGACCAACACAACAUUUCCCUGAUGCCAGCCUCUGCCAAAAGUCUAAUUUCACACUGUAACUAAAACAAGAAGGAAUUAAUCAUAAGUUUGACUUCAAGUUUGAGUCAAUGCUUGUAAUGUGCAUUCAAAAUAAGUAUGUCCAUUGCUGUAAGGACAUAUUUUAUGCUACAUUCUAGGUUCAUGCUUUCCAGAGAGCUUUAUGCUCAGACAUAUAAUGCCAAAAGUUAAUAUCUGAAAAACAUUGUGCCAAAUUUAGAAAAGUCAAUUAAGAGAAGUGAAAAGAAAAAUGAUGAGGCUAGAAAGUGCCUGCAGUGUCUUCAUCAUGUUGAGGCACUGUCAGGCCUUGUCUUUAUUUUCACUUUUUCUAACACACAUUUGAUUUUGGUGCAAUGUUUUUUUUUACUUGAAAAAUAGAAAAAAACUUAGUUCUGUUGUACAUUUUUAUUUGUGUGUGCAGGGAGCGCCUUAUUCCUAUUUCCAGUGUAGUUUACUCUUAGUCAUCUGCAUCUAUACUACAGUCAUUUUUAGCACAGCAACUUUUCUCUGAUAUGAGGUAGAAUAGAGAAAUCUCAUGUACAAAAAGCAAUUAAAAACAGCAAACUAGCAAUGUAAUAUGAUUCAUGAGACAUAUCGACGCAGUGUCAUUCAGUGUAUGUAAUAACAGUGAGUGGGGCACAAGUGACAGAUGAGACAAUAAUGACUCCAUGACAAUGUCCCGGUUAUUUAAGAAGUGUAAAGACAGUGAAGUCAUCUCAAUACGUCUACAAUCAUAUAUCACAGUUUCAAGGGGCCGACAUAAGACAUUAAUGUUGCCGAUGAUCAAGAUUUGUAAACAGCAAAGCCUUUCCUCAGCUGGUGCUGCCUUUGCUAUCAUGUGUUCGUAAGUUUGAUCUGUUUGUAGAUAAGUGGAUGGUUCAUGUGUGAUUUUAACAUCAGUAGAAAAACAGAAAUUCUGGAGCCUGUGAACAAACUAUGAUGUUUGUCAUUAGCCGGCCACGUGUUGUCAGUGGUGGUGAUGACAUGUCUGGUGCAUAAACUGUGGGACUCACAUCUAUUGAAGUAGUUUAUAAUUAUGUCAAAGGAUUUACAACUAAAAUUCACACAACCACUGACUUUCAGGACUUUUAUUAUUCAUAAAUGGGAAAAGUUUUUAUUAUUUUCUAAAUAAUUUCACAGUACAUGUUGUGUGUGUGCAAUGUAUGAAACUACAUUUUCAUUGGAAACAUAUAUAGAUAUGGAUAUUAAUUAGAUGCCAAUAACAGUGUAAAGGAUAAUGUUGAAAUGGUUCUAUAUUUUAGUUAUUCUCAACAAAUCUCAUUAAAAGAGUGAAACUAA